CGAACGUUCAACAGGCCACCCAACCCCACGACGUCCCAUCGAGACCGGAUCGGUGGCAUGCUCAGUUUCAAACGUCUGCAGGCAUGACAACGCGACUGCCGCUGAUUGUGGUGGUCGCCCUCGUUGUGCUUCACCUCGAUGCUGCGUUGACCACGUCGACCUCCAAGCUCGUCCACCCUCGCCGUAGCGACCGAGCCGUGGUGCACCAGCGAGUCUAUGGCGGGUCCCCCACUCCACGUGGUGCUACGCCAUGGAUUGCUGGCCUUCGGUUCACCGCAGAUGGGAGUUCCUUCUGCGGGGGAGCGCUGAUUGCACCAGAGUACGUCGUUACGGCUGCGCAUUGCGUGACAUUUCGCCAUGCUCCGCCCAAGGAACUCUUUGUGUCUGUCGGAUCGGUGGUCCACAACGGCACCGACGGCGACAUUCGGACCGUGGCGAUGUACUGGACAGCACCCACUUUUAUGAAUGCACUGCUUGGAUCGGACAUUGCCGUGCUCAAGCUCAGCGCGCCGUCCACGAAACGCCCCGUCGCGCUGAGCAACGACUCGAUUCGUGCCAACACGUCGACCAUCGCAUUUGGUUGGGGUGCCACGUCGCCGUCGGCGUAUGCAUCGGCAACGCUUCUUCAGGCAAAUCUGACCACAAUCGACAGCGACGAGUGCCAGCGACGCAUCCGUGCGUCGUCCAACGACUCAUCGUACACGUCGUGGCAUGCGACCGACUCGCACAUGUGCGCUGGCGGAACCGCGGGCACGGGAACGUGCUACGGGGACUCUGGCGGUCCCGUCGUCGUCAACCCAUCGGGUGAUGACAUCGAGUUUCCUAUCCGACCAAGGCAACCGGUACUCGUUGGGACCGUCAGUUUUGGGGUUGCCUGCGCCGCGGGGGUCCCUGAUGUGUUUUCCCGACUCUCCACAGCCAAGCCGUUUAUUGACAAGUACUCGGUUGGGCACACAUGGAUCGAGUAGACACCGCAGCUUCACCCGUAAACACUCGAUAUACAGUUCACGCGCUCUACAACGUUUCGACGCGGAGCGCGCUCCAUGCGGCACGCGCUCUUGUCCACGAGCCAUGGGGCCCUUUGCCCGCAUGAGUUUGGUCUCUAGCAGAGAAGAGCUCGAUUCGAAUGGUCGCGCACGGGUUUCUACUGUGUUCGGAAGUGUAAGUGCAAAGCCUGGGCGACACUCUCGCACGAUCGUGCAGUGCUUUGCCCAUUAUUGGGGUCGCACCAGCAGAAAUACAUUUUGUGUGUCUGUCCG